AUGGACGCCAAGGAUUACCGGACCUACCCGCGCAACGCCGUCAGCUUGGAGUCCCUGCGUCCGGUCGAGCGGGGCUCCGAGACCGUCGCCAAGCAGGACGUCCCGGUCAACGCGUCGGCAUCGGCACCGCCCACCAUCGCCAACAUGCUGAUGGACGAGGGGGACACGCAGGAAGAGUCGGAGCCGACGGACGUGAGAGAUGCAAAGCUGAUGAGGCGGGCGCGGUGGGCCCUCUUCGUCAUGGCCUUCUUCAUGGGCGACGUAGAGGACGGACUGGGGCCCUUCCUCGGCGUGUACCUCCAGAAACACGGAUGGGCCCCCGGGCUGCGCGGCACCGUGACCACGGUAGGCGGCGUGGCCUCCAUCAUUGCGACGGGGCCGAUAGGCGCGUUCAUAGACGCUACAGACCACAAGCGCCUUCUUGUCGCCGUCUUCGCCCUUCUCGUCGGCGCGUCCCAGGGGCUUAACCUCAUCACCACUCACCCGGGGCUCGUCUUCACCACACAGAUCGUUUCUGCAGUCGCGGGCACCAGCAUGGUGCCCCUGCUCGUGGCGCUCACGCUGGGAGUCUGCACUCCCGACCGGGAAGGCGAUGACGCCUACAACAGCAAGAACAAGCACAGCUUCCGGAACCUCAACGGGCGCAACCAGGCAGCCAACCACGCGGGCAACAUGGUCAGCGCAGGCCUCGCGGGCCUGCUGGGCUCGCGCUUCGGGUUGCAGGCCGUCUUCUAUCUGGUCAUGGCCUUUUGCACGGCGACGACGGCGUCCGUCUUUCUAUUGCCGGCGCGGGCAAUCAAUCACGCGGUCGCGAGGGGAAAGCCUGAUGUCGAUGAUGGCAUCAAAGACGUCGUUCUUCAGCAGGAUACGCAGAAAACAGGAAAGACAGGGACGGAUGAAGAAGCAGAAAGGGGCGGUGUUCCCCCCCGUGAGGCUCCAAUCACCAGCUGGAGGACCAAGAUGAAGAACAAGUUCUCAAACAGCGCACUCAGGAUUCUUUUGAAAAACAGGCCUCUUGUCGUCGUCGCCAUCACCAUAUUCCUGUUUCACCUCGGUAACGCUUCGAUCCUCUUUGUUUACGGCCAGGCCCUCGUGGCCGCGGGCGAGGGCGAUCCCGCCGGCACCACCGGCCUGACCGUCAUCAUCGCGCAGGGCACCAUGAUCGUCGUGUCGCUCCUGACGUCGUGGCUCGCCGGCCGCCGCGGCUACUGGUUUGCCAUCCUCGUAUCCUACGCCGCCUUGCCCAUCCGCGCCGCCGUCGCAGGCCACGUCAUCAAGAGCUGGGGCGUCUGGCCCGUCCAGAUCCUCGACGGCAUCGGCGCGGGAAUCCAGAGCGUUGCCAUCCCCGGGCUGCUGGCUGUCAUGAUGGCUGGCACCGGGCAUGUCAACGUGACCUUUGGCAUCGUCGGCGGCAUGACCCGCCAGACGGGCGCCGCCAUCUCCCACUCGCUGGGCGGCUGGAUGGUGCAGGCCAAGGGGUACAGUUUCGCGCUCUAUUUGUCGGGUGUCUUCCCCCUCGUGUCGUUGGCAUUAUGGACUGGGUUUUACAAGAUGCUCCGGCCAGUCAUGGAUAGAAAACCUGGAAGUGAGUAG